GAAUCGUCUCGUCCGAUGCUAUCCACGGGAACCGUCGGAUCACAACGUCGUUCGAGCAUGCGUUCGCAUGCACUGCCUCUCUGGAUGCCCUCUUCAGAGGGUAGACGAUUGCAUAUUGAGGCUAUUGAUCAUGUGCGUCCUCUGCUGCCGACUAAAUCUACCGUGGAUUGAAGAAGAUGAAGACGAAGAGACCUUCCGUUCUUUGGAUCCCUGUCUGCAGGGAGCAUUAUGCUGGUGCAAGAAAUUAGAGGUCGCUAAUUGACAACUCUUUUGGACCGAGGGAUCUCUUGUGGAAAGGCGAUCUGUAGUUUUCCUUCUUCAACAGAAGCAUUUACACCAUGGAGGUGCAUCUCAAGGACCUGUUUGCCAGAUUCCAAGAGCAAUUUGGCUCUGGGCCGGGCCUUGGACCUAGCUGUGGAACUUGCCUUCUGAAAGUUGAAGGAGCUCCUCCGGCAUUCAUCAAAUCCCUCUUCCGGGCUGCAGCCGCCCUCUUCCGUACUGAACCAUGGAAAAGGCUGAGGCCACGGCAUAUGUUCGGCAUCCGAAUUGGGAAGGACACAGACUGGUCCAACAAGAAGCAAUUGUUUCCUUGUGCUCAGUUCAUUGGUGGAGAUGGAGGGGACCUUGGCUUCCACUUGUUCAAAUCUGAGCAGGAUGCCAUGAGAAUGACUGGAGUUAGGGAGACGAAUCGAGUUCCAAAUGUGGAAGUGCUGAGAGUCCUAUUUGAUCAAGAACCACUGUUGUCCCCUUCCAAUAAGAGAAUGAUAAGGUCACUGGCUUUGGAAUCCUCUGGCCCUGAUAGGUUUCCAGCCAUUGAUGUCGCUCGAUGCACUUCAACAGGUGGGCUGCGGUUUAGAAAUCCUACGUUUGAGGAGCUCCGAUAUGUCUAUGCUUUCAUGAAAGCUAUAGCUCUUGUGCACCCGUUGCUUCAAUGGGCUGAUGAUAGCAUUCCCAGAAGAGGAAGGUUUAUGAAUUUUGAACCGUUUAUUGAGACAGUCGAUGUGCAGUGGCCUCCUGAAGUCAUCAAGGGAGGGGACCUUGUUGCUGUCACGAUUUCACAUCCAACGAGUCAGGUAUAUGAGGAGAAGAAGCUUGUUUCGGCCUCAGCAAAGUGUCUGGAACCACCCAAGGAAGAGCUUCCUCCUGCUGAAGCGAUGACCAAUUGGACUACUUUGAGGCAGUGCGCGAUGUGUGACAAAGAGAUUUAUGGGGAUCAGUCUUUGUGUUGUGGACGAUGUCGUGCAGUGGUUUAUUGUGGCCCUGUGUGCCAGAAGCAGCACUGGAAGGAUGCGCACAAGGGUGUAUGCGGUCUCUACAGAGCAAUGAUGGAGAGAGAGGAAGAGUUAUCUAUCAAGAUAUUUAUCUUUCCUUGCUUUGUUGAAAACCCAUGCAAAUGGCUUGAAACAAAGGGUGUCCAUCAGAAAGGAAUGUGGAGAAGGAAAUGCAAUUGCUAUUCUCAUUGUCCAUACGGCCUCCUCCCUGUAAAGACAAGUGGAAACUCAGAGGCAUGGGGAGGUCUAGGCGAUGGGGAGUAUCCACCAGAUUCAGCAUUAGCGGGUUAUUUGAAUGGAAGUUCGAAUCCCACUCUUCUCUCCGGUUGGUCUGAGUACUAUAAUCUCCGAUCUCUCCCAUUGUCAAGCCCUGUUUCUGCAAUACUCUCACACCCUUUGACAGUUCACCAUAUAGUGACUGCCCUAGCUAUAAGUUCUAAGAAUCGAUUAAUUAAAGGGAAAGAGGUGAUUGUGCAUUACCUUGGCCCUGCAGGAGAGCUAGAUUGGAUGCCUGCAUUUGCUGAGAUUGGGCAUUUGCUGAAUGGGUUGGGUAACAUACAGAUGGUUAUGAUUGGUCCUGAAGUUCCAAGUAACCUAUCAGGGACUUUCUCAGGAAUUAGUGGUAGGCUGAGAGUCAACAUGGUGAGAGGAAUGUAUCAGGAACAAGCCCCUUACCUAUCCUCUCCGCAUGUUGUGGUUGCUCUGAACUGUGGACUGGAGAACUAUGGGAGCUGGGAAAGUGCCAUUGACCUAAUUAAGUCGAUGAAUGUCCCAACUUUCUUCACCGAAACGUCUGAAAUAUCAUGUGCAAAUGCUAAGCAGGUGCUACGUGGAGCUGGCCUGCACAUCAGCCAUCCGGUGACACCAAACCCAUUUCGUUCACCACUGCAGAAUCAGGCACCUUCAAGUAAUUUACCUUCAUUCAGCAAUGGUUUUGUCUUUGGUGUGAAUACAUGAAUCACAGACAUUUCUUAACAAGCGUUAAGAAACUUAAUGGGUUAGGCACCCCUUUAGUUGAUGAAGAUUGCACUCUGAUUACUCGAUACGUAAUCAUUAUUUCUGUCACUACUCCUAAUUACUUGAUAGCAUGUCAUUUGUUUCCGUUUUCUUGUUGGAUUAGUGCAUCUUGUUAUAAGCCAGAGUAGGAAGUUUAGUAUGAGGAUCUUGAUUGUAUAAUUAAAUCAGGAAGUUUCAUGUAAACUGUGUUCAAUCUAUUUACAAGCUUGAAUUGGUUUGGUUGUUGAACUGUA